UGGGAAUUCAUCCAGUUUCUCUUCCUUCCUCGUGUAGCUUGUACGACAAGAGUUUUCCUUCCUUCUUCUCUCCCUCUUUCCCUCCCUUCUCUCUUUCUCUCCCUCUGUUUAUCCCUGUCAUCUCUCCCCCUUCCUCCUUCCUCCUCUCCUAUUUUUCCCUCUUCUUUCCCCCUUUAUUCCUUCCCUUCUCCUCCUUUCUCCUCUUCUCCCUCCCUUCUCUCCUACCUCCAUUCCUUCCCUCUCUCCCUCCCUCCUUCUUUUCCUGUCCUCCUACCUUCCUAUCUUCCCACUCCCCUCCUUGCCUGCCUUUCUUCCUUCCCUCUUUUCUUUGGGUGUGGCCAAAUUCUCAGACCCCACUUGCUGUUGUUGUUAGGUGCCGUCCAGUCGGUUCUGACUCAUAGCCACCCCAUGUACAACAGAACAAAACACUGCCCAGCCAUGUGCCACCCUCACAAUUGUUGUUAUGCUUGAGCCCAUUGUUGCAGCCACUGUGUCAGUCCAUCUCUUUGAGGGUCUUCCUCUUUUUCGCUGACCCUCUACUCUACCAAGCAUGAUGUCCUUCUCUAGAGGCUGAUCCCUUCUGACAACAUGUCCAAAGUAUAUGACACGAAGUCUCGCCAUCCUUGCUUCUAAGGAGCAUUCUGAUUGUACCCCUUCCAGGACAGAUUUCUUUGUUCUUUUCACAGUCCAUGGUAUAUUCAAUAUUCUUCGCCAACACCACAAUUCAAAGGCCUCAAUUCUUCUUUGGUCUUCCUUAUUCAUUGUCCAGCUUUCACAUGCAUAUGAUGUGAUUGAAAAUAUCAUGGCUUGAGUCAGGCGCACCUUAGUCUUCCAGGUGACAUCUUUGCUCUUCAACACUUUAAAGAGGUCCUUUGCAACAGAUUUGCCCAAUGCAAUGAGUCUUUUGAUCUCUUGAUUGCUGCUUAGGAAGAAGGAAUCAGCAGUCGACUUCUGAAAAGAAUUAGCUAGUGAAAACUUUAUGAAUACCAGCAGAACAUUGUCCUUACUUUAGCUGUGGCCAAAUCCUCAGACCCCACUUAGGGUGAGCCAUACUCAUAGUGGGUGUGACUGGCAAUGUUUCUUCUGUCUCUUACCAGAGGCACGAGGCGGGUGCUGCCUCCCUCGCCAUCCUGGUCCCAUCUCCUUGGACACAUCCCGUGGUUGGCCUUGUCUUUCUGUGUACCUCCCAUAAUUGCUGCCUUUGAUUAAACUGCUCACCAGGCUGCAAGUCUUUAAUUCUGCCGGCAUCUUCCACAUGUUUCAUAGCGCUCUGGUUGACCCCGAUGCCCGCAGCUCCGCUCUGCUGAGUGCCGCUCACGCUGCUGCAGGAUCCACACGUGGUGACCUCAUUCAGUCAAGAUCAUCUGAGGGGCGCAGCUCAAGGAUCGUCUCGUUAUCAGCGAAGAUGGGGAGGCUUCUCCUCCUGCUAUUGUUUUUCUGCGAAAUCCAGAGCUGCCCAGCCUCAAGGCCAAACUUCGUGCUGGUGAUGGCGGAUGACCUUGGCAUUGGAGACCCCGGGUGCUAUGGAAACAAAACUCUCAGGACUCCCAACAUUGACCGGCUGGCCCAAGGGGGUGUGAAGCUCACCCAGCACUUGGCCGCAUCACCCCUGUGCACACCGAGCAGGGCGGCCUUCAUGACCGGCCGGUACCCCAUCAGAUCAGGAAUGGCGUCCUCAUCCAGGAUUGGUGUAUAUAUCGUCACCGCCUCCUCUGGAGGGCUACCCACCAGUGAGAUCACGUUCGCCAGGCUGCUGAAGAACCAGGGAUACUCGACGGCUCUGAUUGGGAAGUGGCACCUGGGGUCAAACUGUAACAGCAAAUCCGACUUCUGCCACCACCCUCUCAGCCACGGCUUCGAUUACUUCUAUGGGCUCACGUUGACCAACCUCAGAGACUGCAAGCCCGGGGCCGGCAGCGUAUUUACCACUGGCAUCCAGCUGGUGGCCUUCAUACCACUGCAGGUCAUCGGGGUGGCACUGCUCACGCUGGCCGUACUCAACUGUGUGAGGCUGCUGUGUGUGCCUCACACCAUCUUCCUCUGCCUGCUCCUCCUGGCCGCCACCAUUUUGGGCCUUCUGCUCUGUUUCCUUCAUUACUUCCGACCCUUCAACUGCUUCUUGAUGCGGAACCAUGAGGUCACCCAGCAGCCCUUGUCCUAUGACAACCUCACGCAGAGGCUGACGGCUGAAGCGGUCCAGUUCAUCCAGCGGAACUCCGAGACACCUUUCCUGCUUGUCCUGUCCUACCUGCACGUGCACACAGCCCUCUUCUCCUCCAAGGACUUCGAGGGCAAGAGUCAGCAUGGCGCCUAUGGGGAUGCCACCGAGGAGAUGGACUGGAGCCUUGGGCAGGUCUUGAAUGUUCUGGAUGAGAUGAAGCUGGCUGAUAACACCCUCGUCUACUUUUCAUCAGACCAGGGAGCGCAUGUAGAAGAAGUGACCCCCAAAGGAGAGGUUCAUGGUGGGAGCAACGGGAUCUAUAAAGGAGGAAAAGCAAACAACUGGGAAGGAGGUAUUCGGGUUCCAGGCAUCCUGCGGUGGCCCAGCGUGAUACAGGCUGGGCAGGAGGUGGAUGAACCAACGAGCAACAUGGACAUCUUCCCCACGGUGGCCAAGCUUGCUGGCUCACCACUGCCUGAGGACAGGAUCAUCGAUGGACGGGACCUGAUGCCUCUCCUCCAAGGGAGAAGCCAACGGUCAGAUCACGAGUUCCUCUUCCAUUACUGCAACUCCUACCUAAAUGCCGUGCGCUGGCACCCAAGAAACAGCACAUCCAUCUGGAAGGCCUUCUUCUUCACGCCCAAGUUCACCCCGGAGGGCUCCAAUGGGUGUUUCUCCACACACGUGUGCUUCUGCCAUGGACAUUUUGUCACCCAUCACCACCCGCCUCUGCUCUUUGAUAUUUCCAGAGACCCUCGAGAGAGGAGCCCACUCACUCCCGAGACCGAGCCUCGCUUCCACGAGAUCCUUCAGGUCAUGCAGGAGGCGGUGGAUGGUCACACCAAGACAUUGACCGAGGUGCCCAACCAGCUGUCCGUGGGGAACCUUAUCUGGAAGCCUUGGCUGCAGCUGUGUUGUUCCUCCCUGGGUCUGUCUUGUCAGUGUGACAAGGAAAAGCAGGAUAGCGGAGUGAGCCAGUAGCCAUGUGCCCUGGAGCAAGCCAGAUGCCUGGUCCACAGUCUUCCUGGCAAAUGCAUGUCUGCAAAUGGUCCUGGGAAACGCUAACCUCACCAACGAUUGCGUCUGCACUGGUCCUUGAUUUUAUCAUCUGAACGCUUAGCUGAGAGCUUAACAGUUACCCAAAGACCAAGGUUUUCAGGGCACAGUGGAGAAUUAGAUUUAUGCCUUCCAUGAUCAACGUGUCAGUGGGAUAGAGAGGGGCCAUCAAAUGGGUUCUUCCAACGUCAGGAUUUUGAUUGUAGGAAAGUGCGAAAGGAAACCUUGAUCUGCCCGUCAGCGAAUACUUCUGCAUCAACGGUAUAUCGAGUCGUCUGUUCCGUCACCUGAGGCUCAGCAGUGACUGCCAUGGUUCCCCCGUGCACCAGUGACAAAGACAAUUUCGUCUAAGGAGAGUUUAGUGUAGCAAAGUUGUGUUGAACAGAAGGCCACGUCAUUUACUAAUAAUAGUGAUGGUAGGUUCUGACUUGGUUAUUGGAAAGCAAGUGUUUCUUAUUGGUAUUAAUUACAAUACACAUUACGUACAACAUACUCUAUAAAUAUACAGUUUAUUUCUUUCCCAAAGUAGGUCAAGAUAUUUAAAUACGGAGCUAGGAGUUUACCAGGAAUUAGGAGGGAACAGUAGAGGUUCCCAUAGAGCUUUGGUUGUGCAGCACACUUUUGGUGGAAUCCUUCAGGAACUAAAGCCCCAAAGCACAUCCCUCUGUGCUGAUUGCUAUUCCCCAACUGGUAGUAUGGUAGGUAGGGUCCGCUGUUUCUUUUGCGAAUGGAAGCCCUGAACUCAAAAGCCACUUGAGGGAUGCCAUAGUUCACAGCAUGCCUCCCACCGUCAUUCCGAAUUAUCUGCACGGUGCUUUUUUUUGGAGGCAACAACGAUAGCACUCAGAAGCAACCCAUAACGUAUACAAAUAACCACGGUAUCUUUACUUCCAGGCAGAAGUGAAUGGAAUGAGAUGAGUAGUUAAUGCAUAGGUUUAAUGAGAUUUUAUGCUGUGGCAGCUUGGCUGUUAACCAGAAGUUGGCGGUUCGAAUCCACCAGCCACUCCUUGGAAACCCUAUGGGGCAGUUCUACUCUGUCCUGUAGAGUCACUGGGAGUCGGAACGACUCUCGACGGCAAUAGGCUUGGUUUGUUUUCGUUUUUUUGUAACUCAGGGGAAGUAUGUGAGCAAGUCAGGUUGGAGAUUGGCUGAUGUUGGCACAGCUUUUGAGGGAGUUCUGAAGUGUCAAGCACCACUCCACGGUGAGGGAAAUAUGUCCCUACCUGUGCGCCAGACACGUGGCCUCCGCGGACACACAUCCGACAACAAGGUGGGGAUUCCUUUCACACAUCCGACAACAAGGUGCGGAUUCCUUUAGUGAUAAGCAGAGGAAGCUGCCCCCCUGUACGUCCACUUAUCCAUGGCUCUCUUCUGAACACGUGGUGGAGCAGCUUGUCUUUUGCACAGCUUUCGCUCAGCCGAGGAAAGCCCUGUGGAGCACAAUGGUCCUGGUCCCAUCCCCAACCCAUGGUGGAGAUGGUGCAGAACCGGCAGCAUUUUGUUCCAUUGUGCGCGGGGUCACCGUGCGUCGGGGACUUACUCAACAGCAGCUAACAACAGCGACGGCAGUGUUCCUCACAACAGUCUUCCUUCUCAUAUCCUUUCACAUUCUAGAAUUUAAUAGUUGUUUACACUUUGUGUGUGUGCUGUCUGUGUAAAUUUGCAUGCAAUUAAAUGCACAGGUCUUAAGUUUACAUCUGGGAAGUGCUGACAGAUGCUGUUGCCUGUGUGAUCUUAUCCAGAUAUAGAAUGUGACGGCUUGCUGGCGGGCCAGUGGGGCAUGCUGGGAGAUUCCCACAGAUGGGCAUUGGUGGAGGGCUUCAUGGUACAGAAGGGAUCCGUGACUUGGAAUGGCCCAGCCUUGAGCUUGCUUAACACUGACAGCCCUCUGCUCUGUCCCUCUCAGGGAAUCCCAGCUUUCCAAAGAGUUUCCCAAGUUUCCCUUUAAUUCUGAUUUUCUUUUCUGAAAAAAUAAAAACAAAGAAGAGUUCCUAUCCCCCUCCCUCCCGGUAAUUCUUGGAAGCCAGAAACCAAGCACAAUUGUUACUUUCACCGUGGAUUUCCCAUUCCAGAUACCGGAGAAAAUUUGUCAUCUGGUUUUAGAGAACAUUCCCACUGAAGACCCUAGGAGCAUGCGGAUAACGCGUUAGGAUUACUACUGAUAUUGUCACGCACAAACUAUUUAAAGCCACUAUUAGGAAUUUAUGUAUUAAGAUGACAGUGUUUACUGCACGUCACGCAGUCCCUGCAAGUGAGCUUUUGGGAAGGCCUUUGUGGUCUGGGAUGUAUGGGGAGGGUUACGUUACGUGACGAGCUAUUACAGAUUGGGGGAGCACAUGGUUAUAUAUAGAAUUACUUAUUUAAUCUGUAAGAUGUAAACAUCAAAUGAAGGAUGAACUUAUACCUCUGUUGUUUAUUUUUUAAUUAUGCUUAAGGUGAAGGUUUACAGAGCAAACUAGUUUCUCAUUAAACAGCGCACAUAUUGUUUUGUGACAUUGGUUGCCAACCCCAUGACAUGUCAACACUCUCCCUUCUCCAUCUUGGGUUCCCUAUUACUAGCUGCCUUCUAGUCCUUGCCCAUGGGCUGGUGUGCCCCUUUAGUCUCAUUUUGUUUUAUGGGCCUGUCUAAUCUUUGGAUGAAGGGUGAACCUCAGGAGUGACUUCAGUACUGAGUUAAAAGGGAGUCCCGGGGCCAUACUCUCAGAGUUUCUGCAGUCUCUGUCAGGCCAGUAAGUCUGGUCUUUCUUUUUGAGUUAGAAUUUUGCUCUACAUUUUUCUCCAGCUCUGUCCGGGACCCUCUAUUGUGAUCCCUGUCAGAGCAGUCAGUGGUGGUAGCUGGGCGCCAUCUAGUUGUGCUGGACUCAGUCUGGUGGAGGCUGUGGUAGUUGUGUUUAUACCUCCAGAGGUAAGCAAAUUGAGCUUGAAGGUGUUUGCUUCAAAAUGGGUUAGCUCACCAUUGUAUACCAGGGUAUUUGAAAAUUGGGUUUAUCUGUAGUUACCCUACUUGCCUUAGGUCUCUAACCAGUUACCAUCUGAAAGUUUUGCUUUGAUGAUGUAACAGGAAGUUGGAAUUGUUGUGUCCAGAAGAGAUGGAACAGUUUUCUUACAGAGUUGUACGGCCUCCCACCAAUAGUGCGUCUUGGGCUCUAUGUCCAAAUCCAAGUGGGUUUUGAAGCUUUCAACCAAUUCUUCAAACGAUGCCUCUUAUCCCUAGUAUUUAUAGAUGUUCAAUGCAAAGUGAGGAGCCGUGGUGGCAUAGUGGUUAAAGCAUUCGGCUGCUAACUGAAGGGUCGACGGUUUGAACCCACCAGCUGCUCCAUGGUAGAAAGAUAUGUCAGUCUGUUUCCAUAAAGAUUUAUGGCCUUGGAAACCCUACAGGCAGUUCUACUCUGUCCUGUAGGGUUGCUAUGAGUUGAAAUUGACUCACUGGCAAUGGGUUAAAAGCAAAGCAAGUAGUAAUGUACAGACUGUCAUCAUAUUACAUGGUAACACUUUGGGAAAAAUACAAUUGGAGCCUACAUAUCUGUGUAACUAGGAGUUCAAGAAAGGAAACAGACUCCUCAACCAUCUCUGAAGGACAGACACCAUGUCUGAAACGCUGUCUGAAAAAUGCUAUCUUCAAAACUGAUUGCAUAAAGUAAAAAGUGUUUUCUUAUUAUUAGAACGUGUUAAUGCAAAGUUAAAAUAAAAGCUUUGUUUGCAAUUAAAAAUGGUGGAAAUGAGCGUUUGUUACGUUUUGGGCAUGGUGCUGAGGAUUGGGGAUACGACUUUCCAGUUCAACACAUAUUUAUUGAGCUUCCUGGUGGCUCAGUGGUUAAGAGCUACGGCUGCUAACCAGAAAGUCGGCAGUUCGAAUCCACUAGCCACUCCUUGGAAACCCUAUGGGGCAGUUCCACUGUGUCCUGUAGGGUAGGUAUGAGUCAGAAUCAACUCGAUGGCAACGGGCUUGGUUUUUUUGUUUUAUGUUGUGUAAGACAGGGGCUGAAGAGAACAGAGAUGGAUCAGGAAUGGCCUUCAGACCUCUAUAGUUAUAAAAAAAUCCGAAUUACCCGUCAGACAUACUGCCUAAGGCUUACAAGACUUUUAGUGGUACAUGAAAAUGUUCUAGUUUUGUUUAAAAUCAGGAGGGAAAAAUGAACAUUUAGGGUUGAAGAUUGUAUUUGCUUUUAUACCAACACAGUCAUAAAGUACAAUUUUAAUCAGGCAGACUGAGGAGAAAGGCCUGGUUAUCUACUUCCACAAAUCAACCAAUGAGAACCCAGCGGAUCACAAAGGUCUGAUAUAUACCCGUUUCGUUCCUUCCUUUGUG